AUGUUUUUAUUAGUUAUAAUUGCCAGCUAUUUUCUUGGAUGCCUAUCAACAAUUGCACUAGCCAUCUGUUUGUUUCUACGCUUUGGAUUAUAUGCUCCAGGAACAGUCUUUGAAGAAGAACAAUUUCAAGCAUGUCAACAAUUAGCUGAAAAUGAUCGAGCGCAAAAUGCUACAGUUGAUACCGUUAAUUAUUUAUUACAUUUCUUAUUUCAAGAAAUAAAAGAUGGAACAAGGUUCAGACGCUUUAUUAUGCACAAAUUACAUGUUGAAUUUGAUGAAUUAAAAGCAACUCGGCUGGGAAAAUUAUUUCUGCAAGAUAUUCGUAUACUAAGUUUUUCUCCCGGAAAAGAAUGUCCAAUAUUCAGUGAUAUUCAAUUUGGACGACAAAAACGUGAUGAGCGUCAGUUAAUUAAAGAAUUCGUUGCUAAACUUAAUGGUGUCUAUAGAGAUGGAUUUUCCUGUACACUUGAUAUUAAACUUGCAUUUGGUGUUCAAUGUCAAUUAUAUAUCAAAGUUAAUCGUAUUCGAGGAAAUUUACGUUUAGAGUUUCGACGUGAACCAUUUUCUCAUUGGAUAGUUGUUUUUCAAAAUGAACCAUUGAUUGACUUAGAAGUUAGGUCUUAUUUAUUUAAUCGUGAAGCUCCUCUAUUAUCAAUAUUAAUAACCCAACGAAUACUUCGUGCUAUACGACGUAAACAGAUUUGGCCAAGUUAUAAAAUUCGUUAUCAACCAUUUUUUCCAAAAUCAAAACAACCAUUGCCCAUUGAAAUUCCAUCGAUAAACAAUCAAAAUUUAUUACCUGGAAUUAUGGAAAUUUCAAUUAGAUAUUGUGAUCGUCUUUCGAUUCCAUUCGAACUAUUCAAUAAAGAAAAUGCUUCAUUGCUAUCAAUAUUUUUAUCGUUGAAUAUAGAUAAUCAAAUGUGUAAAGAUUAUUUACGUAUUAAUCGUGAUCAGUGGAUAAGAAAAGAAAUUGAAUUUAUUCCACAAAGGCAUAAAAUUACUAUCAAAGAAGUUCUAUAUAUGGGUCACAUUGAGUUUUUAAUCGAAACAUUUAAUCCCGUGCCAGAUGGAAUUGAUGAUGUAACAAUAUUCAAAGAAUCAUUAGAAAACAAAAAUAUUUUUCUGUUUCAAAUGGAAGGACAAGAGAUGAAAACCCUAAGAAAUAUAAAUCGUCUGUUAAAAUAUCAAUUAAAUAAUGCGCAUGGGCAAAAAGUAAAAAUUGUUGUUGGAAUACCUUUACUACAUUGUGUUCAAGUACAACGUGACGUUGAAAUAGAAAAUACAAAUCUAACAGAGAAAACAGACCCAGAAUUAUCAACGAUGAUACAACAACGAACGACAGUCAAUGUCAAUCAAUCAGGCAGUUUCAUUCCAAGUCAGAAUUCAAAUGCAAUAAAAACAAGAAAGGAACAAAAAAAUUCUUCAUCGGAUGCACUCACUUUAAUCAUGUUGAAUACUGAUGAUAUACAAAAAAUACUUCGCCUUCGAACGCCUACUAAAAAAGCAGAACCAUUUGUUGAAUUUAAUCACAAGUUUCAAUUUGAAAUAAAUCCAAAUGAUCAAUACCUUAAUUUCUACUUAUGGUAUAAGCCACCACUCGAUUUUGAUAUACCACAAGUUAGCAAAAAACUUAUUCUACUUGGUUAUACUACGGUUGCUCUUUCCGAAUUGGUUAUCGAUGCUCAUAUGAGUUUCAAGCGUGAAACUUCUAUGACACUUAAUUUUCAAUCUGCUUAUACGUCAAAACCUAAUUUGAAGUCUAUUCAAACAAAUUCGAAAAGUAAAAAACUUGCUGAAUUGAGUACACAUAGAGGUUACGAUGAUAAUAUGGCUCAUGGUUUUGUUACAAUCGAUAUGAAACAUGAACCAACAACUAAAAAAAAAUUAGAUUCAGACGAGAAAACACAAUCUGUUUUGGUAAAAAAUGAUAAGAAAAAUCGAGACCAACCAAUUUCUAGUAGUGAAGAACAUAGAUGGUCUUUAGCUAGCUCUUAUAGUCAUUUAUUUGAAGAUCACACAUUCAGUGUUAAAACAUUAUGCGUGAAUUGCAAUACAAAAAUUUGGAUACCAUCAGGUCGACUCUGUCGAUAUUGUUUCAUAGCAGUACAUAAAAAAUGUGAAAAAAAAUGGACCAAUGAACAUGUUUGUACUCGGAAACCUAUUCGUUCAGUAUCUGAAAUAUCUCUAGAUGACUAUUCCAUUAUAUCAACUGAUGAUAUCGCUUUGAAUUCAAAUAGAAGUCCAGUAGCAUCUCAUUUGCAAACAACAGUAGAAAGUGCGGCUGCGGCUGCAUUUACUUUAAUUGAUUUAUCAGCAAGUCGAUCACUUUAUGGCGUGAUAAAUAAAAAUUUUAAUGUAAUACCAUCGUUAGUCCUAUCAGAUAAUGAAUUGAUAAGUAAUCCUUCAACUAAUUCCUCAUCUUCGACGGAACAACGAUCUGUAGCAAAUCUUCCCGCACAUAUAUCGUCGAAAUUUAUUAAUGCUGCUUUACUUACCUAUGGUAAAUUAGUUUCGUUAAAAGGAAGACAAAUGCCACUUUCUUUAACCGUGGAAUCAAAAAGAAAACGAUCAUCGUCUGAUACGGCUGCUCGUGACAACAUUUCGGAAGACGAUCUUCAAGAUUUUGUUAAAAAAUGUUUAUCUAAUGAAACGAUAGAUGCAAAGAGUUUUGAAACUUUAAUUCAUGAAAAAGCUGUUGAUCAUACAGCACUCUAUGCACAAGCUAAUGAACUUGGUGCAGAAUUAUUUCCAGAGUUACCAGUUGAAGAACGAAGACAGAAAUUCGAGAAUGAAAUUUCUCGAUUACAACAAGAAAUUGAUUUACAAGAUCGGAUCCGCGAUGAAUUGAUUAUUGAAUAUAAUAGUGAACGGACAGAUGAACAUACAAAAAGAAAUAUUCAGACAAAAAUCACCAAUGUCCAUGAAAAAGUACAAGCACUUGCUGCUUUAACGAUUCUUUACUGUUCCGGUCUUAAGCAUUGUUAUUCUCAAACAUAA